AUGCACAUGGUCCUGUUCGGGCACCACCAGGACGGAGAAGACCCAGUCGUACCUACAGACAACGUCCAGACGUACCAACACUACGCCAUGACCAAUACCCGAUUAGACGGGGAGAGCUUCGCCGUCCGCUUCCUGGCCUAUCUGUCAGCCCUGAGCUCGGGUUCGGAAUCCGAGAAAGCCCUUCUGCAAUUCGCAUACCACCAACCCUCAUCAUCAUCGUCCAGUGAACUCAGCGUCAUUCCCAUCCCAGCGGGAUUUUCCAAUUCCCACCGUUCGCCCAACGGCCCAACACCCAAACUCAGCGACAUCCAGCCCGGCAGCUGGGUGGUACUGGUCGGAUUGUCGAAACAGAUAUCAGAUCCCACUGAACCAGCGGCGGACACGCCACCACAACCUGAUGGACCACCUCCACUUGAUUAUCCACGGGAAUACCACGCUGACGACGACGUCGUCAUACAGUACUCCUUUGUGAGGAUCCCACAGGCCGCCGCGGAGACGAUCGAGCCAGACCAAAGCUUGCCCGCCAGUCGUGCCGAGGUGGUCGGCGGCCUCACAGACUUUCUCAGUCACACCGCGCCGGAAACCGACCUCCCCGCGUGGGAGACGCGAAUCGGGGAGAUUCGUGCCUGGAGAGGCUCCGUCGGAACAGGGCAACGGUCCAUCGCCAUCGGGACCAUGUCCGAGAGCAGGGCGAGGGAAUUGUUGGACUGUUUAGUCUGA